GUAGGCGCCGGCUCCACUCAGCCACUCCCUCCCCAGGCACGGGCGAGAGCGGGAAGAGCACCUUCAUCAAGCAGAUGCGCAUCAUCCACGGCGCCGGCUACUCGGAGGAGGACAAGCGCGGCUUCACCAAGCUCGUGUACCAGAACAUCUUCACCGCCAUGCAGGCCAUGAUCCGCGCCAUGGAGACGCUGAAGAUCCUCUACAAGUACGAGCAGAACAAGGCCAACGCACUUCUGAUCCGGGAGGUGGACGUGGAGAAGGUGACGACGUUCGAGCACCAGUACGUGAGCGCCAUCAAGACCCUGUGGAACGACCCUGGCAUCCAGGAGUGCUACGACCGGCGGCGGGAGUACCAGCUCUCAGACUCUGCCAAAUAUUACCUGACUGACGUGGACCGCAUUGCCACCUCGGGCUACCUGCCCACCCAGCAGGACGUGCUGCGGGUACGCGUGCCCACCACCGGCAUCAUCGAGUACCCCUUUGACCUGGAGAACAUCAUCUUCAGAAUGGUGGAUGUCGGGGGACAGAGGUCAGAGCGGAGGAAGUGGAUCCACUGCUUUGAGAACGUGACGUCCAUCAUGUUCCUGGUGGCCCUGAGCGAGUACGACCAAGUCCUGGUGGAGUCGGACAGCGAG